GAACUUCAAUGCGGCUGCCAGGGAUCGUCGGAUCUUCGAUUACUUUGAGCACUCUUGGGCUUGCAAUUCAUCUAUCAUGCAUCUAACUAAACCCCAUGGGUUCAGUUUGGGCCGAGUUAUCGACCACUGACUUGUUUAACAUCGCGAUCGUCCAGGUACCGGUGUGAACUUGGUACAGUUCAACCGGGGACCAGAGACAUGGUUGCAUACAUGUUUAUCGCAUCUCAACCCACGGAUGGCUCAAAUAAUUUCCAAGCUCCGAACGAAGUGCAGCGCCCUACGAAGUGACUAAAUGGACCGCUAGCCCAUUGAACGGACACUCGCGCCAGAAGAGGAUGUCAUGUCCUUUGGUACAUGAAUCUUGUGGGCAAGAUGGAAGAUAUAAAUUGGCACGAUGCCUCGCAUCAAACAACCAGCAACUCUCCCUCCAACUCCAGGAAAGUCCACCUCCAGUUAGCUCAUCCCAUCUUCACGAGAAGUCUUGCUUUUCAAGAUGAAGUUUCUUUCCGUCCUCUCCCUCGCUUCUUUAGCGAUUGCCAUCCCCGUCGACGUUGUUUCGCCCCGUCAAUCAAGCAGCACAACACGAACCGAAUUGGAGAGCGGUAGCAGCUCAGCAUGCCCCAAGGCAAUCUUCAUCUAUGCACGUGGCUCGACUGAAGCUGGCAACAUGGGCGACGGGGAAGGAAUUCUUGUUGCAGACAAGUUGGAGGCCCGGUAUGGGGCUGCUAAUGUCUGGGUUCAGGGUGUUGGGGGGCCCUACUCUGCGGAUCUGAUAUCAAAUCUGCUUCCCAAGGGUACAAGUGACGCUGCCAUCAAUGAGGCUGUCAGGCUCUUCAACCUAGCCCGUUCAAAGUGCCCCAACGCUGCAAUCACUGCCGGAGGAUACAGUCAAGGUACAGCUGUUAUCGCUGGUGCCAUUUCCACCCUCAGCUCUGCAGUCUCAAACCAGGUCAAAGGCGUCGUGUUCUUCGGCUAUACCAGGAACAAGCAGAACAACGGCGCGAUCCCUAAUUUCUCGAGCAGUAAGUUGCAGGUGUACUGCGAGUCGGGCGAUCUCGUUUGCGAUGGGACUUUGGUUAUAACACCAGCGCACUUUGAGUAUUCCGAUGAGGCUGCUGGACCGGCGCCGAAUUUCUUGAUCAGCAAGAUCGGAGCGUGAAUUGUUGGAUCUGGCAUUAUUGAAUAAGGUUAUCACUGUGAUGUUGUCAGUGGAUGUAUAUGGCAUGAGAUAUGAC